AUGCAACUAUUUGCUCUUCCGAACAAAUCUCCAUCGAUCAAUCAGACAUCCACGACAUUACAUCAUAUCAAAAAUACUUAUGCUCUUUAUCAAUGUUCACAAACAGAAUGGAAAAACAAGAUCGAAAAUUAUCUUCGACUAACUGAUGGAUUUACACAUAUUGGUCCCAUGACAGUGUCAUCUUUUCAAUCGUUGACAUAUGCUAUUGAAAGUUGUACUGUGCAGAAUGUUCAUCAUAUUCUACAUGCAAAAAACGAUCAAAUUCGAGUGAGCCUAACACAAUUAUAUCAAAAUAAAGAAAUAACAAGGGAACAGUACGAUCGACUGAUGAAUUUUAACGAAGACACGACAAGUUGUGUAAACCAAUUAGAUUUUGUUCUGGCCAUGUCACAUGACAAUGCCAUUAUAAUUGAACCAAAUAUUAUCUAUUCAAACAAUGAACCUAUUAAACAUCUUGCCCACUUUAUUAAUGAUCUUCUUACAGAUUUAUAUGAUCAUGCUAUUUUUCGUUCAUCGUCAAAUUUCUCUACUGGCUAUAAAACCAUUCGAGCUUUUGAACAAUAUCACCAACAAGGCUUAUUAAAAUCAACAACAUCUUUCGUUAAAAUGUCUGUCGUUGAUCUGUUUACAACACUAUCGCAUUCUACUCUAUUGAAUGCAUUCGAGCAGUUUCUUUUGCAACAUCAAAUACAACAUAUUCGUGGUAUUUCUAUUGCGACUAUUAUUCAACUUGUUCAAUUAGUUCUUCAUAAUCAAUAUUGUGUCUAUGAAAAUGAUCUCUAUGAAGUAACAUUAGGUGGCUCGAAAAGAUCAAAAUUUAUUGUCAAUUUAAUUGAUAUUUAUUUGGAUAUUUUACUCAAGGCAUUUGCUGAGAAACUCUUUGAAAAAAAGGAAAUCUUUGGUCGAAAUCAUGAACAAAUCAUCUUUACGUGGAAUGAUUCAACUGAUGAUUUAUACCAAUUAAUCACUGAAACAAUUAUGAAAGACACUCAUCAACGUAUGAGUCCACAACAACUUCAUGUCACACUUGGCAAUAUGGUACAAUACUUAGACGCUGAAAUUAGCCAUGAUAAAGAACAAAAUCUACGUACCAAAGUGUAUCACAAUUUAGCGAUCGAACCGGAAACUUUACCCUACAUUCACGAAUGUCUGUUCACAGUUACAGAUAAAUUAUUAGAAGCGAGUUUGAGACGUGCUUUUCUCUACUGCGCCGAUGUUGUUGACUUUGAAGCUGAACGUAUGUUUAUUGAAUGUGCAUUUCAAAAGAAUCACGUAUCUUUAUCAACUGUUGUACGAACAUUCGCCAAUAUACUCAUGCAUUAUGAUUAUGUGGUACCAAAAGAUGAUACAUUUAUGAACAUGAUCACGUAUAAUUCCAUUCGACAACGUAUGCAAUAUGAUGAAGAAAAAAAAAUGAAACAUAGUGGCCAACGACGAUAUCGUCGUUGUAGACGUCGCCAAUUGAAACGAUUAUAA